GUUCUCUUCAUGUAACCCCCCCCUUCAGAUUUCCUCUUCCCCGAACCAUCUUUCUCUCUCUACAAUUAAUUCUCUCACCUCCAUUGUCAAAAACAAAAACAGAAAUUAAAAAUUAAAAUAAAGAACCAAUUUUUUUUCCUCACUUGCUUCGCUCCUCGUUUCAAAAUUCCACCUGCUUUGCGUACAUAGAAGUUUUCAGUUUCCUAUUGUGUGUGUGUGUGAAAAAACUCAGUCUUUCUCUCUCUUAAACAAACUCUAUAUCUCGAAAUCCGCGCUGAUUAUUCGAGAGAAAAUUCUUCCUUUUACAAAUUAAGUCUAAAUACAGAUGCAUUUGCAUCUUCAAGGUGUGAACCGGCGGUUUAGAUUGGGGCAAUAGAAACAGCUUAGGAUUAAUUUCGAUUCUCCUCCACUGGUCGAUUAUUUUUUAAUUUUUUAAUUUUUUAAUUUUUUAAUUUUAAUUUUGGGAAAUUUGUUUAUAUGAUGGGUUUAUCAUUGGGGUUCGAUCAGUGGUUUAGGUAUUUGUACUGGUCGAUGUUAUCAAUGCACUUUCAGAUUCGCAGUUGAAGAAGCAAAAUUUUCCCUGCAUGAAAUGCAGAGAUAAAGAUCUGAAGAUUAGAGACUCUGCAUUUCUUCUGGAAUCGAUGGGGUCUGUCUGUAAAGCCGUGAAUUGAGCUGCAUUUUUCGGAGAAAAAAACCGAAAGUUAAAUAGUCGAAUUCAAGAUUCAUGUAUUAUUGGUCGCAAUGUCGAAACAGUCGCUGAUUUUCUUGCUAACUCUCUCCUUCCUUCUCUCCAAACCAACUGCCGAAACCGAUUUUCGAUGCAACUGUGAAGACGAAAGCUACUUCUUUAGCAUCGAAACAAUUCUCGAGUGCCAACGCAUCAGCGAUUUCUUGAUCGCGGUUGCUUACUUCUCAAUCCCGAUUGAGCUCCUAUACUUCGUAAGCUGUUCAAACAUCCCUUUCAAAUGGGUGCUUUUCCAAUUCAUAGCUUUCAUAGUCCUCUGUGGUAUGACUCAUCUUCUCAAUGGGUGGACUUACGGGCCCCACUCAUUCCAGCUCAUGCUUGCCCUAACGGUCUUCAAGUUUUUAACCGCACUCGUUUCUUUUGCCACCGCCAUAACCCUCAUAACCCUAAUACCAUUAUUGCUCAAAGUCAAAGUGAGGGAGUUCAUGCUGCAGAAGAAGACAUGGGAUCUUGAUCGAGAAGUUGGCUUAAUCAAGAAACAAGAAGAAGCGGGGUGGCACGUACGUAUGCUUACGCAAGAGAUACGUAAGUCACUCGACCGCCACACGAUAUUAGAUACAACCCUAGUCGAGCUCUCGAAGGCGCUCGAUUUGCAGAACUGCGCUAUUUGGAUGCCGAACACUUCGAAAACGGAGAUGAACCUCACCCACGAACUGAAAGGGAGGAGCUUCUCUAAAGCCGCCGCCACACCGCCAAUCUCCACCGGUGACCCCGCCGUGAGGGAGGUUAAAGGAAGCGACGGGGCCAAAAUACUCAACCCCGAUUCGGCACUUUCUGUAAUCAGCGGUGGCGGUGGGGCCCACGAGCCGCCGGGGGCGGUGGCGGCUAUCCGGAUGCCGAUGCUUAGGGUUUCGAAUUUCAAGGGCGGCACACCGGAAAUGCUUCCGGCUUGCUACGCGAUUCUUGUAUUAGUCCUUCCGAGCGAGCAAGAUCGGUCUUGGAGCAAUCAAGAACUCGAGAUUGUGGAGGUGGUGGCCGACCAGGUGGCGGUGGCUCUCUCGCACGCUUCGGUGCUCGAAGAAUCUCAGCUCAUGAGGGAUAAAUUGGUCGAGCAAAAUCGAGCUUUACAACAAGCUAAACAAGAUGCUUUAAUGGCGAGCCAGGCAAGAAAUGCUUUUCAAAUGGUGAUGAGUAACGGGCUUAGAAGGCCCAUGCACUCGAUUAUGGGCUUGCUCUCGGUCAUGCAGGACGAGAAAUUGAGCACCGAGCAAAGGCUUCUUUGCGACACCAUGGUUAGGACAAGUAAUGUUCUUUCAACCUUAAUAACCGACAUAAUGGAUACUUCGGGAAAGGACAACGGAAGAUUCUCUUUAGAGAUGAGGUACUUUGAACUGCAUUCAAUGAUUAAAGAAGCCGCUUGUCUCUCGAAAUGUCUGUGUUCUUACAAGGGGUACAGUUUUGUAAUCGAGGCUGAAAAGUCUCUGCCGAAUCAUGUCAUGGGAGACGAAAGAAGGGUCUUUUUGGUCAUUUUACAUAUGGUAAGGAGUCUUUUGAAUGGAAGCAAAGGAGCGGGUUGCCUUACUUUACGAGUCUAUUCGGCUGGUGGAGGGCAAGGAUCCAACGAGCAAAGAUGGGGCCAUUGGAGGUCAAAUUCGUCCGACGGGUAUGUUUAUAUCCGGUUCGAAAUCGGGAUUCGCCAUAUUGAUUCUCCGGAAGAGAAUAUUGUUCCUGUGAUUCCGUACGGUGGGAAUAGAUACUACGGUACGGUAGAGGAGAAUAUGAGCUUUAGUGCAUGCAAGAAAUUAGUUCAGUUAAUGCAAGGGGAUAUAUGGGUGGUGUCGAAUCCUGAAGGUUUCGAUAAAAGCAUGGCCCUUGUUUUACGGUUUCACGUCCGUCCAAUCGCGGGGCCCGAUAUUUCUGACCCAUCGGACCGAGUCCAUUCGAAUUCCCUCUUUAGAGGGUUGAAAGUUCUUUUGGCGGAUCCCGAUGAUGUGAAUAGGGCUGUCACACGGAAGCUUCUGGAGAAACUCGGUUGUGUUGUUUAUGCAGUUUCGAGUGGGUACGAGUGUGUUAGUGCACUCGAAUCGAACUUUUCCGCCACCUGUCAAAUCGUGAUUCUUGAUCUUAACUUGCCUGAUUUGGACGGCUACGACGUAACGACAAGGAUUAGGAAAUUUAGGAGCAGGAAUUGGCCGUUGAUCGUUGCUUUGACUGCGAACGAUGAUGGAGAAACGAGGGACAAGUGUGCGAAAAUCGGGAUGAAUGGACUUAUUCAAAAACCGGGGACUUUUCGGGAAAUUUCGGACGAGCUUAGAAGGAUUUUGAUGCAGGCUAAUAGAAUCUUGGCUUGAUUAUUGAUGUUUUUGGUGUUUCUUUUUUUCUUUUUAGCAAUUAAAAUGUUUUUAUGGCAGGAAUUUUAAUUGGUAUAAAUAGCUCCCCUGAUACAAGAAUUAAUGAUCAAAAAAUGGUAUAGAAAAUUCAUCUUCUUUCA